AUGUCCGUGAAAUUGGAAUCGAAUCGAAUUCAACGAGAUGAAUACGAUCACGUGACGCGUCAGUUAUUGGUCGAUACUUGUCGGUGAAUUAUGAUUUUGGUAGCUUGCCACGCGUGAUCGAGAUAUAUAUUUUCUCAAUCUCAAGCUCUCGCUAGAUACAUAUACGUACAUAUCUGACGUUUCUGUGUAAAAGAUUCAUGUUCAAUAAAUUAUACACGUACAUAAUCUUCUCUUUUACACCAUGGAAUUGUGAAAUCGACCCUCCAGUUUUCCCUAGAUUUUGAUCACGUGCUUUCGUUUACCUUUACCUAACUCAAUUUCUUGCACGGAAUGUAAAUCCGAUACUGUUUAAACAAUAAUUUCGGCGAUCGUCCUGAAAGCAGCGUCGUUCAACUAACGAAAUUAAAUUAUCCGGAGAGGUGAAAAUUUUGUUAAAAAAUAUCGAUUAAAUAACGUUGCGUUUCAUAACCUAUACUUAUUGUUUCAUUCUUAAAUUGUCUGACUCGAUCCGGUGAUUUAAUCUCGACGCCAAACUGUCUCACAGCGGAGAGUACGUAUUCGUGAAAUAGUUUUCUACGCGAAAACAUAACCUAUUUCGAUGUGUGUUUCUAAUCGGUUAUUUUCAUAUCGUUUCACUUUCAUUGACGUUACAGAAAAGACCGAAACCGAGCAGGCGGCAUGCCAGAACCUGUGCAUCAUCAAAUAAACGCUGCUCGCAAAACCUUUCAAACGCUUUACCAAAUCUCAAAGCUAUUAAAUACGAAUUUAGAUCCUACGACGCUGAGUAUAUGUAUACGAUUAUGCGAAAACGGCGUAAAUCCGUACGCACUUGCGACAGUCGUAAAAGAACUACAAAGAGAAGUAAGAGCUAUGAAUAGCACAGACCAACUAGAUUCUCCCACAAGCAAAUCUAAUUUAAAUAAGUAAUCAGUCGUUACAUUUUCCUCGUAAUUUCCAUACGUGUAGAAACGAACUUUAUUGAUCUACAACUUUUUACACGUAUACCGAUCAUAUGUUAUGAUUUGUGACUCUUAACGACGAAACAUUGAAUUGUUUUUCAUUAAUCGCGAGAUUAUUCAUUGUUGUUGUCCACUACAUCUUUAGCGAUGUUAUCGAUGAGCUAUUAUUGAAUUUGUCAAUAUUUAAUGUGUAUUUUUAACAUUUGUACUUGUUCUAGCGUAAAGUUAAUAAAAAUGUAACUGAUAAAUACCACUUAUGAGAUUGCUUAUGAAGCAAAUUUAUUUUUUUAUAGAAACGAUACACAGAAUUUUAUAUCUUCGUAUUAAUUAAAUCGUGCUACGUCUUAUCGAAUAGUCGAAUAGAAAUAAUUUAAAUGUACAUCUUUAUAAACAAAAAGAUAUUUCAAAUAUCAAAAAUUAUUCUAUACUUAUUUGCUUACAAUACACACACACACACACACA